AUUUCCAGGGUAAACAAUUACUUUGUCACGCCGCUGCUUAGGGGCUCGGAGAACCUGCUUCUGAUGUGGGUCCAGGUUGAGGAACACUUCGCCACUUGAGAACGCAAGUAAAGUCCAGAAAUCCAGGACCACAGCAAUACUCCAGCCCAGGGUUGCAGGGCAGCCUCUUUACCAGCCAGGCGACCCAUUUCUAUCUUGGCGCCGGCGAAGCGCCGGUUUGGGCGGGGGACCGCUCUCAGCCUGAACAGUGGGUGGGCCGGCAAUGACAAUGCAGGAAUUCCGCGCAGGCCGCAGGGUCUGGGGACCUGUCUGAAGGGUGGGAGGGAGCACUUUUCACCUGACACACCCAACCCCCCUGCCGCAGCCCAGGGCCGCGGAUGAGCGGAAGAAAAGCGCUUCGAUACUGUCAGAUCACUGGACUUCAGCUGCAGCAUAGCGGCCCACCCCGCCGCCCGCCUAAGCUCAGCCCCUCCGCGCCGGCCAGGCAGCCACGCACGCGCAGUCCGUCCUCGCUCGCUCCAUCAGUCCCGGCCCGGCCCGGGGCCCCGCCCCCGCAGGCUCCGCCCCGCUCCCGUGCGCUGAACGCCCCAUAUCCGGGUUCCCGCCGCCUCCACCGCCGCCGCCUCAGCCGCCUCGCACAUUUAGUCUUGCGGGGAGUGGUGUGAUUCCCGACCAAGAUGGCGGCCGUGGGGCGAGUCGGCUCUUUCGGUUCUUCUCCGCCGGGAUUAUCCUCGACUUACACUGGCGGCCCCUUGGGCAACGAGAUAGCGUCGGGCAACGGUGGCGCUGUGGCAGGCGACGACGAGGACGGGCAGAACCUUUGGUCCUGCAUCCUCAGCGAGGUCUCCACCCGCUCGCGCUCCAAGCUCCCUGCGGGGAAGAACGUGCUACUGCUGGGUGAAGAUGGAGCUGGAAAAACAAGCUUAAUAAGAAAAAUUCAGGGAAUAGAAGAGUAUAAGAAAGGAAGAGGAUUGGAAUAUUUGUACUUAAAUGUGCAUGAUGAAGACAGGGAUGAUCAAACAAGAUGUAAUGUUUGGAUCUUAGAUGGAGACCUAUAUCACAAAGGCCUCCUUAAAUUUUCACUGGAUGCCAUAUCUCUGAAGGAUACUCUAGUUAUGCUGGUUGUUGACAUGUCAAAGCCUUGGACUGCUUUGGAUUCUUUACAGAAAUGGGCAAGUGUUGUUAGAGAACAUGUUGACAAACUGAAAAUCCCUCCUGAAGAAAUGAAACAAAUGGAACAAAAGUUGAUUAGAGACUUCCAAGAAUAUGUAGAGCCAGGAGAAGACUUCCCGGCUUCUCCUCAGAGAAGAAAUACUGCGUCACAAGAAGACAAAGAUGACAGUGUAGUUUUACCUCUGGGUGCGGAUACACUUACACAUAACUUGGGCAUUCCAGUACUAGUAGUUUGCACAAAGUGUGAUGCCAUUAGUGUAUUGGAGAAAGAACAUGACUACAGAGAUGAACAUUUUGAUUUUAUUCAGUCACAUAUCCGGAAGUUUUGUUUACAGUAUGGUGCAGCACUUAUUUACACUUCAGUAAAAGAAAACAAAAAUAUAGACUUAGUAUAUAAAUACAUCGUUCAGAAACUAUAUGGAUUUCCCUAUAAGAUUCCUGCUGUUGUUGUGGAAAAGGAUGCAGUAUUUAUUCCAGCAGGGUGGGAUAAUGAUAAGAAAAUAGGAAUAUUACAUGAAAAUUUUCAAACAUUAAAAGCAGAAGAUAAUUUUGAAGACAUCAUAACUAAACCACCUGUUCGAAAGUUUGUACAUGAGAAGGAAAUUAUGGCAGAAGAUGAUCAGGUGUUUCUUAUGAAGCUACAGUCCCUUUUAGCAAAGCAACCACCAACUGCAGCUGGAAGGCCUGUGGAUGCCUCACCAAGAGUCCCAGGAGGCUCCCCGCGAACACCAAAUAGAUCUGUAUCAUCUAAUGUUGCCAGCGUGUCACCCAUUCCUGCUGGGUCAAAAAAAAUUGAUCCAAACAUGAAAGCUGGAGCUACAAGUGAAGGCGUUCUGGCAAAUUUCUUCAACAGUUUGUUGAGUAAAAAGACUGGCUCUCCAGGAGGCCCUGGUGUGAGUGGUGGUAGCCCUGCAGGUGGGGCUGGAGGUGGAAGCAGUGGUUUACCACCAUCCGCCAAAAAGUCAGGCCAGAAGCCUGUCUUAGAUGUUCAUGCGGAACUAGACAGAAUUACACGAAAACCAGUUACAGUUUCUCCCACAACACCUACAUCUCCUACGGAAGGAGAAGCUUCUUGAAGAUACCAAAUAAAGCCAUUUAUUCUGUUUUCUGGGAUAAUGUAAACAUGCCUCUGCCUUUUCCUUCAAAAGUGGAAUUAGAAAGCUGGAGUGCUUCUUCAGAUGGACUAAAUUUAUGUCGUGUGUGUGUGUGUAUGUGUGUGUGUGGUUACCCAUUUUUUAGAAGGAGCUAUACAGCAGAAAAAUUCUACAUUAUGUAGGAUUGCUGUUUGCAUUGCCAUUUUGCAUAAGAAAGUAAUUUUUGAUUUUGAAAAUCUCAAAACUUUUAGAUCUGAAAUACAACCAUGUGAUCGAUUAUAUUCUAAAGGCUAUUUAAAACGUAAAAGGAUUUAGGGGAAGGGCAGAAAACAUGCAAUUUGGGCAUUUGACUGACUUGGAAGUCUAAGCUUAUUUUAGUUAUAACUAUUAAAAUCAUUUUUAAAAAUUUGUUAGUUUUGCUGACAGAGAAAAAUCGUCAGUUGUCAGAUUUUGCACACCAAAAUAAAUGUACCACCACACACGGAAUAUGCUAAGAAAACUAUCAGAUAGCGUUUGAUAUACUAGUCAUUGUCUCAAUCACUGAUCCUGUAAGUUGUCAUCAAAAUAUGAUUUAGAAAUAUUGGCCAAGGUGUUUCUUUAACUGAGAAGAAAAGAAAGCACACUGCCUAAAUGUGUAAAAGAAAAAUGCAGAGGUUAUUAAAAUGUAAAGAGGUAACAAUCUUUGGAUUUGUCUAUACAUAUAUAUAUAUAUAUAUAUAUGGCUUUGCCUUAAUAUACCCCCUUUUUUGUUUGUGACUUUCAACUGUAAUCAGUUAAUAAAGUAUUUAUUCUCUGCAUUCAGGUUCAAA